AUGUCGUUGAGCAGGCUAGAGAGAGAGGAGUUUCGACCUUGCUCAGGCCGAGGGCAACCUACAGCUCGUCCAACAGGUUCAGAGCGAGACUCAUCCGAUCUCGAGAGCGAGGAGAAGGAUCUUAUCGCGGCGGUGGCUGAGUCGGAAGGAGUCCAUCAGAUGCUUACAGACGAGGUGGCAAACCUUAGGAGGAUUUUUCGUGCCCUCCCGGUUGGGAUGGAUGAUGGUGAGCGUAUGGAGUUGGCUGCAGCGUCACUAGGCGUACAAAACUUCUCGGGGUCCAGCAUCGAGACUCCGGGGUUAUAUGGUCUUAGCGCUAAGAAGGCUGCGUCAGGUCCUGCCACUAUGGAGUCGUUGGCUCCUGUACUAGGUGCACCCGCUACUGUCAUUGUUGAGCCACCUGUUGUGCCCGCGGAGCGGGUUACCGAGGUGGUUAUCCCCGCCCCAGGAGAUGCACCUGAGGAUGACGGGUCCGUUCCUUCUGUCCGUGUGGACACCGAGAUGUCCGAGCAGGUGUUCGUGGAGGAUGUCGAGGCGUCUGAGCAGGUGCUCGCGGAAGAUGCGACGGACGAGGCUGCAGGGCAGGAUGGGAUGGAGGUCGAGAAGACCGUUUAG